AUGGACCUAUUCGCCUGGAAUCAGACCUACCGCAUCUGGGUUUGUAAGACCUGCGAGCAUGGCGUUCCGCCGCGAGGGAUCUCAGGCCACCUCGGCUCGAAGAACCAUCGCGACCACAUAACUGCGAGAACGGGCAAGCAACGAGCCGCGGCCGCCCAAGAGGCCUGGUCCGUCGACCCGUGGGACCCUCACGUCGAACCAUUCCGCCCCCCGCCGCCGGACUCCCUCCCUCUCCCAGAGCUCCCUGUCUACAUGGGCUGGGGCUGCCUAGAGGACGGAUGCGAUUCGUACGCGGUACGGACCCCACAAUCGAUGCGACAACAUCGAUAUCGAGACCAUGGCAUCCGCUGUCGUCUAGGGCGCCCUGACCCCUCGAAACCGUCGCAGCAGCCAGCCCUACGUCCCGUCAGCUGCCAACGAUUCUUCCCAACGGGCCGGGGGAGUAGCUAUUUCAUUGUGACGCCUACUGUGCAGGUCCAGCGGGCUCGGCACGUCCUCGAGAUGAGCGAGGCGGAGUUCGUACAGACGCAGGUGGCGGACGCGCUCCAGCGCUCCGAUAGGCUCACGCGGGCCGACGAGGAGGUCGCGCCUACGCAUAGCGACCCGACCGAGUACUCGCCGUGGCUCGAGCUCACGCGGUGGCCGGAGUACGUUCGUGGGCACGCCUUCCGCGAUCUGGCUAUGCUCGCCGCCCUACCCGAUCCUACGGCGGAGCCGAUCCUCCAGGCCGUUGAGCAGAGCGUCCAACGGCUAGUCCAGGCGGCGUUCGACUCUAUUACUAGCUACCGCAUCAACGAAUUCGACCAGGUAAAGAUCAAUAGCUUCCUCCAGCGACAGGGCGUCUGGGACCGCCCCAUCCACAUCCGCCUCCGUCCUAAGACGUACCGCCGGUAUCAGCAGAUCUGGGUACGGCUAAUUAGCUUCGUCAUUCGGACUAGCCGGCCUAACCAGGCUAUCGAUCUAAAGCACCAGCCUACUACGCGGCAGCUCGAAGCUGUCGACCGGAUCGACCAGUUUGCCCAGCAGCUCUUAGGCCUAGAGAUCGAGAACGGCCUAGAGUCCCUAGACGCAGUAGAGUCCCCAGCCCAGGAACUCGGCCCGUCAAGUGGGCCCAAGGGCACCCGUAAGAGCUCCCCCGCCCAGCGAGCCAUGGCCCAGCUCGACCGUGCAUGCCUCGAUCUCUCGAUCGCGCUCCUCGACCACGAGCUCCGGGGCGAUCUCUUCGAAAGCCCCCUAAUCGGGUUUAUGGCAACGAUCGGGGUCGAUGUACCGAACCAGACGUACCGCGACCCAUUGAGCUACACCGGGCACCUGUCUGGCUUAGUUAAGAUAUCGCAGAUGCUUGUAGCCCAGCGGGCUGUACAGCUCGCGGACGACGGCGAGGUUGAGCAUCCGGGCGACGCACUCGACCGCAUGCGGGAGCGCUUCCUUAUGUUCGGGGUUCACGCCCCCUUUGGGUGGAUUACCCGGCUCCGGGCCUACGGCAAGAAGAUCCAGAACACGACGACUAGUAUAGGGUAUAUCAACUGGAACGACGACCACGACGCCUUAAGCUAUCGGGAGCUCCACCUAACUAUGGAUGGCCUUCGACGAUUCGUCCGCGUAGAGGUCGAGCUCGCACAGUACGACCUCGAACGACUCUUCCUCCUUAGCGAGGACGACGAGCGAGAGGGGGUAGUACCGGAGCUCCCGCUACAUCGGCUCGCCGACGAUCCGGUGAAUAAUAAGCGGGGGUGGAAUUUCCUCCAGGACCCACGCAAUCAGGCCAUCCUGCCAACCACAGGCCAGCAGUGGCUCCUACAACGCGUUCUUAUGAGCGAGUCGCUCCGCAAGGAGUUCACCGAGGUACGGCGGUCGGACUCGAGCGUGAUCUGGCGCCCACAUGCCGUGAAGGAAUAUCUCAAGCUUGUCGAUCGAUUCCUACAGCGGCUCCUCUUACUCAUAUUUAUGACCGGAGGACAGCCACCACGAGGGACGGAGUUGCUAGCUCUUCGGCACCGGAACACACCAGAAGGGCGACACCGAAACAUCUUUAUUGAGCAUGGCCUAGUGAGUACGGUCACGGCCUAUUCUAAAUCACAGCGCGUCACAAACACGACGAAGCUCAUCCAUCGCUAUCUCCCCCAGGCCGUUAGUGAACUUCUCGUGUACUAUCUGUGGCUGAUCCUCCCAUUCACAGAGGCGGUGACUAUGCUUUCACAGGGGAAAGAUCGAAUGAACCAGUCCCCUUUCCUAUGGCCGUACGACAAGGGGCACUGGGAUCCCGCCCGCCUUGGGAUCAUCCUCAAGCAAGAAGCAGCAGCGCAGCUCCAGACCCGGAUUAACGUACUGUCUUGGCGGCACGUCGCGAUUGGGAUCUCUCGUAUGCAUCUUAAGUGCGGUGGAUUUAAGCGCGAUUACGGAGUGGAGGAUCAAGUAGUCGACCAGCAGGCUGGGCACGGGUCGUGGAUGGCGGCUACAGUAUACGCGCGGGGGUUGCAGGAAGCGCCUGGAGUGAUCGAGGGCCGACGGGUCCGGUUCCGUGGGAUUAGCCGUGAGUGGCAUACGUUUCUUGGCUUUGCAAGGCCACUUAGUCGCAAACGCAGUUAUAGCGAACUCGACGUAGGGGGAGAGGCCCUACAGCGAAAACGUAGACGGGAGUGGAUCACGUUCGAGCUAAGUGGUGAUGAACGGUAG